AUGGAGUAUCAUCCACCAGCAGCGCAGCACAUGGUGCUCUGCGCCGAUUGCGGUACCCCUAUCGCACCCAACAAUGCUAAUCUUUGUCUCUCGUGUUUGAGAAACUCGGUCGACAUCACCGAGUCCGUCCCCAAACAAGCCACUGUCAACUUCUGCCGAAACUGCGAACGAUACCUCAACCCUCCUAACUCAUGGGUUCCUGCUCGUCUCGAGUCAAGAGAGCUCCUUGCUAUCUGUUUGAAGAAGCUGAAAGGUCUCAACAAAGUGCGUCUCAUUGACGCAGGUUUCAUCUGGACAGAACCACACAGCAAGCGUCUCCGAGUCAAGCUUACGGUGCAGAAGGAGGUCUUCACCUCGACAAUCUUGCAGCAGAUCUUCGAAGUCGAGUUCGUCGUUCAAUACGGUCAGUGCCCUGACUGCACACGUCUUGCAGCCAAGAACACAUGGCGUGCCAUGGUCCAAGUCCGACAGAAGGUGCAACACAAGCGAACUUUUCUCUACCUCGAACAGCUCAUCCUUAAGCACAAUGCGCAUCAGAAUACCGUAUCCAUCAACGAGAAGAAGGAUGGUCUCGACUUUUUCUAUUCGCAACGAUCACAUGCUAUCAAGAUGGUCGAGUUCUUGAACUCGGUCGUUCCUAUCAGGACGACAAAGUCAGAGCAGGUCAUUUCGAUGGACGUCCACACCUCGACAACCAACUACAAGUUCACAUACAGUGUUGAGAUUGCUCCUAUCUGCAAAGAUGAUUUGGUCUGCUUGCCACCCAAGAUGGCCAAGCAGCUCGGAAACAUUGGUCAGCUCGUCCUCUGUCACAAGGUCUCCAACUCGUUGAAAUUCCUCGAUCCUAUCAGCCUCCAGAUUGCCGAUGUACCCGCAGAAAAGUACUGGAGAGACCCACAACCAGCGUUGGCGACCAUUCCGGAGAUGGUCGAAUUCCUCAUCCUCGACAUUGAACCCACCGGUCGAUACGCCACCAAUAGUCACGGUGUUGAGAACAGGCGACUCGAAGAAGCCGACGCCCAGGUAUCGCCUUUGAACGCCACCUCAUUCGGUGAAGCCGAUGCAGUCUACCACACACGCACCCAUCUCGGCGCUAUUCUCCAACCAGGCGACACAGUCAUGGGCUACCACCUCCGAGUAGCCAACUUCAACUCGGCCACCUGGGAAACCAUCCCUGCUGACCGCAUGCCAGACGUUGUCCUCGUCAAAAAGUCAUACCCCGAACGCAAGAAGCGUUCCAAGAACCGCACGUGGAAGCUCAAGUCCAUCGCCAAGGAAGCCGAAGAUCCGUCCGCAGAAGGUGCUGUGGGUCGUGGUGCAGUCGGUCGUCGUGGUGGCCUGGAUUCGCAACGUGUCGAGCGAGACUACGAGCUGUUCUUGCGCGAGCUUGAAGAGGAUGAAGAGAUGCGAGCCAAUGUCAACUUGUACAGGGACACCAAGAAGGAAGAGGAGAAGAGACUGCGCAAAGAACGUGCCGCACAGAUCAAGGCUGAGCGCGAAGCAGCCUUGGCUAACGGCGAUAUGGAUGAAGAGGGACAGGAUUUCGAUGAUGGUAUGACCACCGAUGGUGAGAGUGAGUGGGGCGAUGAUGAUGCACCUCGUGUCCGUUUGGAUGAGUUGCUGGAUGAUUUGGAGGAUAUGACUAUCGAGGAUUAA